AUGCCUUUGACGCUCGUGACCGAGACUCGAGACGUUGCGGCAGCGCUAUUUCAAGUACCUUCUGUGUACACACCCGAUGAUGGACUUUGUUCCGCAAAGACCUUUCUUCAGUCGCGUCCGGACGGUGUGUACACGUGCGUAAGAGCAAAGAAGUGGAUGUCGAAGUUGGCUUCGGUGGAUCACCUCUCAAAAGUGAUCGUCGAGUGGCCGUUUCACAUGCACCGUCUGACCACAAGUCUCUUCUCGAUGCUGGAGGCGGAAAACAUUAAGUGCGACAAGGUGAAGCUCAAGACGUUACAAAUGGCUACAGCACGAGUCGUCACGGCCGUAUUGACACAGUGGCAAGCGACUGAAACUGUUGAUGGCAUGCUGUCAGUGCUUUGGUAUCCACUAGUAGAAGACGGCACGAGCAAUGGCUACGGAUUGGCGGUGCACAUUUGUUCAAUGCCGAUUAUUCAGUCGACUGUGUCGACAUUGUUGGUGUAUGGAGAAAUGCGCAAGAACGCGCGAUGUAAAUACACCAAGUGGAUCGACGACCGCGUACAUAUUGAGAAACAUAUGGCGCGCGUCGCAGAGAAGCGACGUGGACCAAUACAUGAAGCAGUACUGAGCAAAGAAGGACCCGAUGGGGAUAAAGUGCUGCUGGAAGGGCUUGUUACCAACUUUUUUGUCGUGCGUGACGAGCGAGUGUACACGGCAGCCACAGGUGUUCUGGAAGGAAGCAUGAGAAAGUUGGUGCUUGAUGCAUGCCGCGAGUUGUCUGUUCCGGUGGUUCUAGAGGCACCGAAGCUAUCGGAGCGGAACUUGUGGCAGGCGGCAUUUAUAACAAGUGUUGUUCGUGUAAUGAUGAACGUUACGUGUUUAGUGUGGGAAGAGAAGACUGGCCAGGAUACAGUGAUGCAUGAGACGUCGAUCCUAAGUGACACUUGUAGGUUGGUGCAUAGGAUCCGUGACCAGGUCUCGAUGUACUGUAUGUGUCCCGAGUAG